CGGGAAAUUUCUCUUGAUGCAGCUGGCCUCCAAACAAAACACCACUUCUCUCUCUCUCUCUCUUGACUGAAAACUCCCGGAGUCCAUCCCAUUCUCCGUGAGACACGGCCCUAAUCCGUUGUCUCUGUUCUCGUGUUCCACCCCAAUCACACCGGUAGGGCAUCAUGGGAAUUCAAGGGCUGAGCAAGUUGAUUGCAGACGUGGCUCCGGCGGCCAUCAAGGAGAACGAGAUCAAGAACUACUUUGGCCGGAAAGUGGCCAUCGAUGCGUCCAUGAGCCUCUACCAGUUUCUGAUCGCGGUCCGCUCUGAAGGCGCUCAACUGACCACGGCGGAUGGCGAGACCACCUCGCAUCUCAUGGGCACCUUCUACCGCACCAUCCGCAUGGUUGAGAACGGCAUCAAGCCCGUCUAUGUCUUUGACGGCAAGCCGCCCACCAUGAAGUCCGGCGAGCUGGAGAAACGCGGCGAGAAACGCGCCGAGGCUGAGGCGGCCUUGGAAAAGGCUAAGGAGCUGGGCAAUCAGGAUGAGGUGGACAAACAGAGCCGACGAUUGGUCAAAGUGGGCAAGAGUCAUGUGGAAGACUGCAAGGAGUUGUUGAAAUUCAUGGGCAUUCCUUUUGUUAGUGCGCCGUGUGAGGCUGAGGCUCAAUGCGCGGAGUUGGUCAAAUCCGGCAAGGUGUAUGCCGUGGGUACCGAGGAUAUGGAUGCGCUGACCUUCGGCACCAAAGUCCUCCUGCGACACUUGACCUUCAGUGAGGCGCGCAAGAUGCCCAUUAAAGAGUUCUAUUACGACCAAGUGCUCGAAGGUUUUAACAUGACUCAAGACCAAUUUAUCGAUUUAUGUAUUCUCCUGGGCUGCGACUAUUGCGAUAAAAUCAAGGGCGUCGGUCCCAAGAACGCCAUCAAACUCGUACAAGACCACAAGUCCAUUGAGGAGAUCAUCAAACACUUGGACGGCAAGAAGUUCUCACCGCCCGAGAAUUGGCUGUUUUCAGAAGCCCGACGACUGUUCAAAGAGCCGGAGGUCACGCCAGCCUCGGAGAUCGACUUGAAAUGGGAAAAACCGGAUGAGGAAGGUCUGGUGAAAUACAUGUGCGAACAGAAAGGCUUUGCCGAGGACCGAAUUCGAAAUGGCGCCAAGAAAUUGCUCAAAGCUCGCCAAGGCAGCACCCAAGGUCGUCUUGAUGGCUUUUUUAAAGUAUUACCUAGUACGCCCAAGGCCGGAACAAAUAAGCGUAAGAGUGAAGAGACCAAGGUUGGAUCGGGUAAGAAGACGAAAACUCCCACUGGCAAGGGCUUUCGCCGGUGAAAAAAAAAUACGGUAAUGCCUCUGUGAAUGAAGUGCCUGCAAGCGUGUAUUUGUAUGUUCUUGGCGAGAUCCUGACAUGUGCAGAAAUGAAUUGAAUCGUGUCGACUGGGUAGUGAAGCCUAAUAGGGCGAGAAAAAGGCCUAGGAUGAUUACGAAAUAAUAAAAGAGCAGUAUAAGACGAGAUAAUGCAA